UCUGUGACCUCACUUCCGGUCGACGUCUGUGAGGAAAACAAACCGGAAUCCAUUACCGGGUGAUUGAUAGAUUACAACCUUAGAGAUUCACUGUAGACCGUAUAGCGCUUAUAGAGAUCAAAGGGACUGUGAGCGGGAGGCAUUGGAGAGAGGAUUGUUACCGGGAACACGGGAGCAUCAGUAAAGUACAAGGAUAUCUAACUACCGUGAAAGCUGUCACUUGGUGGAGGCCUCUGGUAGGGAGGGUAUGGUCACCCGGCUGUGUCACGCUGUCACCCCUGCAGGGACAUCUCCUGUGAGCUGACCAUGUCCCGGGACAGGAGUGAAACCGUGUGACCCUGCUGCUGCUGUUGCUUGGGACUUGCCUUUGUCUGCGCACGGCACCAUCAUGGCUACUUACACCGAGUUCGUGCCCCCUCCGGAGUGCCCAGUGUUUGAGCCUAGCUGGGAGGAAUUCUCCGACCCCCUGAGCUUCAUAGGACGGAUUCGCCCCAUCGCUGAGAGGACGGGGAUCUGCAAAAUUCGCCCCCCUAAGGACUGGCAGCCACCGUUUGCCUGCGAUGUGAAAAGUUUUACUUUUACUCCCCGCGUGCAGCGCCUAAAUGAACUGGAGGCAAUGACUAGAGUAAAACUGGACUUUCUGGAUCAGUUGGCAAAGUUCUGGGAGCUCCAAGGUUCCACUCUUAGGAUUCCAGUGGUAGAUCGCAAGCUUUUGGAUGUAUAUGCCCUGAGUAAGGUUGUAUCCAGUGAAGGAGGUUUUGAGGUUGUCACAAAAGAAAAGAAGUGGUCGAAAGUUGGUACCCGCCUUGGUUAUAUGCCAGGAAAGGGCACAGGGUCACUACUGAAGACUCACUUUGAUCGCAUCCUUUACCCUUAUGAGCUUUUCCAGUCUGGUAUCAGCCUCAUGGGCAUCCAGAAGCCGAACUUGAAAGUUGAGGAAAAGGUGGAAGUUACUGAGCCAUGUGAGAUCCCUAGAGAUUCUGUAGAGAGGGAGAGGACAAAUACUCCUCUGAAGCGGUCCCGCCGUAUCAAGUCUGAGCCGGAAGCUUUGGAAAUCAAGAAGACCCCCGAUGUGAAGAAACUGCAUGUGUUUGGAUCAGCGCAUAAGAUUAUUGGCAUUGUUGACAGUGUUAAAGACAGAGCUGAUGAACUUUGCAAGAAAAGAAAGAACUCCAAGCUGGAAGCAUUUGGCAUGCAGAUGAGGCAGCGGAAGGGAGCACUUUGUGUCAAUUUUGUUGACCUGUACAUAUGCCUGUUCUGUGGUCGUGGUGACUGCGAAGAAAAGUUACUGCUUUGUGAUGGCUGUGACGAUAGCUACCACACAUUCUGUCUCAUCCCACCUCUCCCAGAGGUACCGAAAGGAGACUGGAGGUGUCCCAAGUGUAUAGCUGAGGAAUGCAGUAAACCCCGUGAGGCUUUUGGAUUUGAACAAGCUGUAAGGGAAUACACACUACAGAGUUUCGGAGAGAUGGCUGAUAACUUCAAGUCUGAUUACUUCAAUAUGCCUGUGCAUAUGGUACCCACAGAAUUGGUGGAAAAGGAGUUUUGGCGUCUGGUGAGCUCCAUUGAAGAAGAUGUAAUUGUGGAGUAUGGUGCAGACAUCUCUUCUCGUGAUUUUGGGAGUGGUUUCCCGGUUCUGGAUGGCUGGAAGAAGCUUGCGUCAGAUGAAGAGGAAUAUGCACACUGCGGGUGGAACCUCAAUAUCAUGCCUGUACUGGAUCAGUCUGUGCUCUCGCAUAUCAAUGUGGACAUUUCUGGAAUGAAGGUGCCCUGGUUGUAUGUGGGCAUGUGCUUUUCAUCCUUUUGCUGGCAUAUUGAAGAUCAUUGGAGCUACUCGAUCAACUACCUACACUGGGGUGAACCUAAGACGUGGUAUGGGGUCCCGUCGCACGCUGCAGAGCAGCUAGAAGACGUGAUGAGGGAGUUAGCUCCAGAACUUUUUGAAACGCAGCCAGAUCUUCUGCACCAGUUGGUCACAAUAAUGAAUCCAAAUGUGCUGAUGGAGCAUGGUGUGCCUGUCUACAGGACCAACCAGUGUGCGGGAGAAUAUGUGGUCACCUUCCCUCGGGCUUAUCAUUCUGGGUUCAACCAGGGCUAUAACUUUGCUGAGGCUGUAAACUUUUGCACUGCAGACUGGCUACCCAUGGGCCGUCAGUGUGUAAAUCAUUACCGCAAGCUGAGAAGACACUGUGUCUUUUCCCAUGAGGAGCUCAUCUUUAAAAUGGCAACAGAUCCAGAGUGCUUGGAAGUAGGUCUGGCAGCUGCCGUAUGCAAGGAAAUGACUACAAUGAUAGAAGAAGAGACUCGAUUGCGUGAGUCCCUGAAGCAAAUGGGGGUUGCACAGUCUGAAGAAGAGGCCUUUGAGUUACUUCCAGAUGAUGAGAGGCAGUGCGCAUCCUGUAGAACCACGUGCUUCCUCUCUGCUCUCACUUGCACUUGUAAGGCAGACAGGCUUGUGUGUCUGUACCAUGCAGAUGACCUGUGUUCCUGCCCAUCGGGAAAAAAGUGUCUCAGGUUCCGUUACUCCGUGGAAGAUUUACCUUCUCUUCUGCAUGGGGUAAAAUCAAGGGCUCAGUCAUAUGAAUUGUGGGUCAGUAGAGCGACGGAAGCUUUGACCGCCAGUCUCAACCAUAAGAAAGAUAUCAUCGAGCUUAAAGUCAUGCUGGAGGAUGCAGAAGAUCGGAAGUUUCCAGAAAACGAGCUCUAUCGUCGUCUCCGGGAGGCUGUAAAGGAAGCAGAAACGUGUGCGUCCGUUGCUCAAAUGCUGCUGACCAAGAAACAGAAGCACAACAAGUUGAGCACAGAAAGUGGAAAAUCUCGUACAAAACUCACCAUGAAGGAGUUAAAAGCCUUUGUACAGCAGCUGUUCAGCCUACCCUGCAUCAUCACUCAGGCACGGCAGGUUAAAAACCUUCUGGAUGAUGUGGAAGAAUUUCAUGAACGAUCUCAAGAAGCAAUGAAUGAUGAGGUCCCAGACUCCAGCAAGUUACAAGCAUUGAUAGACCUUGGCUCCAGCCUGUACGUAGAGCUCCCUGAACUGCCACGAUUGAAGCAAGAGCUACUGCAAGCACGUUGGCUGGAUGAGGUGCGUCUUACUCUCUCUGAUCCACAUCGGGUCACAUUAGAUGUGAUGAAAAAGCUCAUUGACUCUGGGGUGGGUCUAGCCCCACAUCAUGCUGUGGAAAAAGCAAUGGCAGAGCUGCAGGAACUGCUUACAGUAUCUGAGAGGUGGGAGGAGAAAGCCAAGACAUAUCUACAGGCCAGGCCCCAGCACACUUUGUCUAGUUUGGAGAACAUACUCAUGGAAGCCCAGAACAUUCAAGCUUAUCUGCCUAAUGUAUUGGCUCUAAAGGAAGCUCUGCAGAGAGCCAAAGACUGGACCUCAAAAGUGGAGGCUAUUCAGAGCGGCAAUCACUAUGCAUACUUGGAUCAGCUAGAGAGCCUUCUGGGGAAAGGCCGGCCUAUACCAGUGCGCCUAGAAUGCCUCCCUCAGCUGGAAUCUCAGGUGGCAGCAGCACGUGCCUGGAGGGAACGCACAGCCAGGACAUUUCUGAAGAAGAACUCUAGCUACACACUUUUGCAGGUUUUAAGUCCACGUUCUGAUAUUGGUGUAUACGGCAGCAGCAGGAAUAAACGUAGAAAAGUGAAAGAGCUAAUGGAAGAAAAGGACCUGGAUUUGGAUUCCAUGAGUGAACUUGAAGAACCAUUGGAGGAAUCUCGGGAUGCUGCUUCUGUGGUUGCUUUAUUCAAGGAUCAGGAGCAUAAAGAAGUUGAAGCCAUGCGCUCUCUGCGUGCAGCUAACUUGGCUAAAAUGACAAUGGUGGACCGCAUAGAGGAGGUGCGGUUCUGUGUGUGCCGUAAGGCAGCUAGUGGGUUCAUGCUGCAAUGUGAACUCUGCAAGGACUGGUUCCACAGCACGUGUGUUCCUCUCCCUAAAACUAGCUCUCAGAAGAAAGGAUCUAGCUGGCAAUCCAAGGAGGUAAAGUUUUUAUGCACACAGUGCAUGCGAUCUCGGCGGCCUAGGCUAGAGACAAUUCUUUCACUUCUGGUCUCUUUACAAAAACUUCCUGUACGGCUACCUGAGGGGGAAGCCUUACAGUGCCUGACCGAACGAGCAAUGAGCUGGCAGGAUCGAGCGCGGCAAGCUCUGGCCACAGCAGAACUCUCUCGUGCUUUGGCGAAACUUUCUGUGCUGAGUCAGCGCAUGGUGGAGCAGGCAGCACGUGAGAAAACAGAGAAAAUCAUCAGUGCCGAGCUCCAGAAAGCUGCAGCAAACCCAGAUCUGCAGGGUCACUUGCCCAUUUUUCAGCAGAGCUCUUUUAGCCGAGGCCUAUCUAGUCUGGCUCCAUCUCCACAGACCACUUUAGAUUACGAUGAUGAGGAGACUGAUUCCGAUGAGGAUAUCAGGGAAACCUAUGGCUAUGAUAUUAAGGACACUGGCAGUGUGAAGUCCUCCAGUAGUUUGGAACCCAACCUGUUUUGUGACGAGGAGAUUCCCAUCAAGUCAGAGGAAGUGGUGAGCCACAUGUGGACGACAUCUUCAUUCUGUGCUGAGCAUGCUUACUCCUCAGCUUCCAAAAGCUGUGUACAGGCUACAGGCACCCCCCGAAAACAGCCUAGGAAGACUCCUCUGGUGCCACGCAGCCUUGAGCCUCCUGUACUAGAGCUUUCCUCAGGAGCCAAGUGUCAGCUGGAGGAACUUAUGAUGUUGGGGGACUUGCUGGAAGUUUCACUGGAUGAGACGCAGCAUAUCUGGAGGAUUCUACAAGCCACUCACCCACCCUCAGAGGAGAAAUUCCUUCAUGUAAUGGAGGAUGACAGCCUGGAUGAGAAGCCCCUGAAAAUAAAGAGCAAGGAUUCCUCAGAAAAGAAACGCAAGCGUAAGCUGGAGAGAGUAGAACUACUGUUGGCUGAAGGCAAACAAAGAUCCAAAGAGAUGAAAAAACUGGAUAAGACCAAAAAGAAGAAAAUAAAAUUAGGACACGACAAGGCCAAGGAGCUAAGCAAGCUUGCUAAGAGACUGGCAAAGGAGGAGGAGCGCAAGAGGAAGAAGGAGAAGGCAGCAGUGGCCAAGGCUGAGAUGACCAAGGAGAUGGCUGAGAAGAAGAGAGAGAAAAAAGUGCUGGACAUUCCUUCCAAGUAUGAUUGGUCAGGGGCUGAGGACUCCGACGAUGAGAAUGCAGUUUGUGCUGCACAGAACUGCCAGCGGCCUUGCAAAGACAAGGUUGACUGGGUACAGUGCGAUGGGGGCUGUGAUGAAUGGUUCCACCAAGUUUGUGUUGGCGUCUCCUCCGAAAUGGCAGAGAAUGAGGAUUAUAUCUGCACGAACUGUACAAGGAAGAGGAUACAAGGUCCCUGUCCUCCUUGUCCACCCAAUUUGACUUUUUCUUCUGGUUUUCCCCUGCCCUCUAUUGAGGUCAAACAGGAAGUUAGCUAGCACAGAGGAGGUGCUAGGCAUGUACUAUAUGUUUUAAUAUUUCCCACACUCUAAAGUGUCACCCUCUGCCUAAUUUUCCUCAAAGAGGACAUGUUUGUGUUUUAGAUAACCCCUCAGCACUGUACAGUCUGUUUUGAAUAGGUGCUGUGGCAUAUCUGAACCUCCUUCACACAUGCAGAAGCCUGAAAAAAAACAGAGUAAGACUCCCGUUAAGCAGGGGCAGCUGUUUGUAUUCAUCUGCAGCACAUGCUGGGUUAUUCAGAAGAAGAGAUUUGCUACAAUGUAUCAAUAGACUUUUCCUACUAGGACAGAGGAGCAGUAACCUGGGGACACAGGUUCUUUACAAGCUUUCAUCUCUCAGAUUCAUGGUCUGCCCUUUCUGACUAUCCCAUAUACCAUGGAUUCAUGUUCUAAGUUUGCAGCAGGGCGUCUUUGAUAGUAUUAGCCUAGUGACAAACCACUCAGGAUUAAAUGGACUUUAAAGUAUUUUUGUUUCUGUGUUGCAUCUAAAUGAGGGCAUCUUUAAUUCUGGAGCAUUCGAUUUUUAGAGCAGGCCAUGCCUGGGCGCUUCCAAAGAAAAACAACUUCUAUUGACAUGCAAAGAAAAGUCUCUUGUGUAAGGUGGCAGACCUGAAUGAGUUGUGAUCGUAGCUGCACUGGGGCUGUCUCAUUCUCUGAACCCUAGAUUUAGUGAGUCGGUGAACAGAAGUGAUGAGGUGUAGUGUGUAAUGGGUAAUGAAUAUGAUAGAGGUCCUAUGUAGGUCUCAUCUUGGUGCACAUAAUAAGUGCAGCUCUUGUAAUUAAUGGGUUCAGGAAAUCCCGGAGAAGAAAUGAAAGUAAAACCUUCUUUGUUUUUAUUUCUUCUUCCUGUGACUACUGACUGUUGUAUAAAUAGUUUUAUCUCCAAUACUGUUUGUUGUUUAUUUCUAGGCCUAUCAAGGGUCUUGGUUCUUCUUUGUAAAUGAGUCAUGAGAUUCUAUGUAGUCUGUUAAUAUACAGGACAACACUAUGGUUUAAACCAGAUAACAUCAAGAGGAGUCAGAUCAAGUGAUCUUGACAAAUAUACAUAUGCAAAAAAAAUAAACUGAAUAAAAAACUCAGGGCAUGAUAUAAAAAAUAUUACUGAAAAACUUGUGAAAUUAUCUUUUCUUUUGGAAGGUGGUGAAAGUCCAUGAACCAUUACACCUGGGAUUCAACUCCUGACCACUAGGAGGAUGCAAAGAUACCCAACAUACCAAGAUUUUUUAAUCCCUUUCACUUCCCUGUCUUAUCGCUGUCUUAUCUUUGCCUCCACAGGAGGAGAAGAAUAGAGGUGCUCAAGAUUCUUCGUUGACAGGGACUCACAGGCCUACUUGAGACCCAUUUUCUUUCUCACAAACCCAGGAAUAGGACAGAGGGGGAGUAUAGAGGGCUGAGUAGUGACAGGAAAACUCCUUGGAGUUAGUCACAACACAACCUCUGCCACAGGUGUCAAGGGGACCUGUCCCUUAGCCACCUCAUGUUGUCGUCAUACUCUAUUGUGAUAUCCUCUGCUGUUGCUUGCACAGCACUGGAUGGACUCUCUCUACUUAAUGCAGUAUCUCUGCAGCUGAGUAAGCCAGUAGAGUGGGUGCAGAUGAGGCAAGUACCACAAGCACUCACAUAGCCAAAGGCUAUUAUCAGAUACAUGCACAUAUGUAUAUCAUAGCCAGGGUACACUUAAAUUUGCCACAGACUUAUCAUAUAUUUAAUUUAUACAUAUUUCUAGUAUACAUUUAUUAGUUUAUGUGUUUUUGGGGACAAAGUGUGUUUUUACUUAUUGGCAUCUUGUCUGUUCCUUGGUUUGAUUGUGUACGCAGCUCUUAUUUUACUUUUAUUAUGGGAACGCGUAUAAUAAUGUGGUCACGGAUACUGCACUUACAUUGUUUCUUUACUAGCACAGCCUAUAUUUCUUUAGAGUGUGGUUCGGCUUAGUGCUGACAUUUCUCUUUUUCUUAGGUGCGUCACAAUGAUGCGCUCCCUCUUUUCUUUGUAGCACACUUUGUUUUUACAUGGUCAACAUAGCAUUUGAGCUAGACUCUGGCUGCGAAAGUGUUAAAUGUUUGUGCUAUUCUAUUUCCGCAACUUUCCUUUAGCUUCUGGCACAUCUGUUGCCAUUAAUGCUAUCCGUUACUUCUUUUAAGGUUACAGGAGGCGAUAAAAUGUUUUAAUAGCCAUGAGCUGCUGCUAAUAUUUAGAAUUUUCUCUCUCGUUAAGCCAUUUAACACAGGGGUUCUCUGUAGUGUUUUUUUUACUGUAUAUAUUCUUUACACACUAAUUUGUCAGUCAGUAUCGUCAUACCAUAUUUUCAUGUAUUUCUGCCUUUAUGUAUAAUGAUUAAGAUUUGCAGGAAAUCUUUACGGUAGUUUUAUUAUUUAUACUGUGUUAUAGAGUGGGUAGGAACUGUCCCCAUUUAUUUUCAAUCAGAUCCUUCAGAAGGCAGAUUCACGGAUCAUUUAUUUGAUCAAUUAAAAUGCGUGCUUUACAAACUGAUCUCUGUUACUCCCCAGUCCAACUUUUCAAUGCUUACUUAUUUUGCAUUAUGCAGAAUCAGUCUAUCACUAUGUUUCCUACUAGAGGUGGAUAGCUACCCUCUCUAAGUACCAUUUGGUGGGGGGGGCAUCUGAUUUUUAUUAAGAUUUUAAAUAUUUUGUAGGUUUGUCUAUUAAAAAAAAUCUUAAAUGAUUUCUAUUGAGCAUUUCUAAUUUUAAUUUUAUUAUCAAAAUUGUAUUUGUUCUUAGUAUCUUUUGUUGAAAAGCAGGGACAUGAGCUCUGGAUCAUGCACCUGUCUGUAGCGCUAUAUGGCAGCAGUUUUGCAGGAAUGUUAUCAAUUUGCAAGAGCGCUAGAUGACGGCACUAUUUCCUGCUAUGAUGUGCUGCAGACACCUACCAAGAUAUCUCUAUAACAAAGAAUAUCAUGGGAACAAAGCAAAUUUGAUAAUAGAAUUAAAUUGGAAAGUUGUUUGUUUUGUUUUUUUAUUGUAUAUCCUGUCUGAAUUACAAAAUACAUUUUUUGGGUUUCAUAUUCCUUUAUUGAAGGAGCUAUUCCUCCAAGUAAGAGCAAACAUACUUCUGCUGAUCAAAGAUCCAUAGAAGGUACAUCUGAUACUAACAUCUCUCCACAAAAAAAGCUCAUGAUUUGUUUAAAGAAUCAGAUUCAGACAGUUCUGAUUUUUAUUUUUUUCUGAUGGCGAACUAAUCCUUAUUGAUCAGGAUUCUAAUACUGAUCAAGACUACAGUCUCUUCAUCCUUUAUGUUUAAAGGUAUAGAAAAAAAAUGAAUGUAAAUUAUCUACUGUAUAUAGUUUUUGCAAAUGCUCCAUGGUUUUAAAAAUAAUUCUCGCUGUUCAUUAUUUAUUAAAAAACACACUGUUUGAAACUCUAAAUAGUCUGUGCCUGUCGUGUCUGAUCCACCCUCCAUAGAAGAUGUACUCUGGCACUUUUCCAUCAGAAGCCAAUCACUAUCUAUUUCCUUUCUAGCUGUAGGUUGUACAAGAAUUACUGUCUGGGGGUGUCUUUCUUGAGAAAGCUUAUGUUUUAAAUUGGGCAGUGCUGUUGAAAUACGUGAUUGACUGCCCCUGCAUUUAGUUUUCUCACUUACGUUGAAACUAUGGGAAGUGAUUGACAGCACAUGCUGCGCAUGAAAAGGUUUUAGAGAUGAUGAUUAAUUUAUUUUGUCGUCAUAUGGCAAACUAUUAUAACAUUUUAUACAUUAUAAUAAAUUGUGAUACAUUUUUAA